AUGCGAUAUGAAAUAAAUGGAAUAGAGAUACAAAAAUUAAAAUCACCCGGAGUGUCGUCUUGCUUGAAAGCGUUCUGCUCCUAUACUCCAAAUGAAAUGAAUACAUUAGACAACUGUGCUUGGGACUCGGUAAUGGACGGUGAAGAUAAUAAAAAUUUUAUGACCGGCAAUGUAUUUACCGGAUGCAUACCUCUAAAACAUUUAUUCGGAUUUUGUGAAGAUUAUAAAAAAAUUUUACUCAAUUGCAAUCAACAACUAAUUUUAAAUCGUUCGUCUACUGAUUUGGAUGCAAUACGUGUUGUGGAUGCCGGAGCCACCGAACACGUUGAGAAAAAUAAAAAAAUUACAAUUGAACUGACUAAGGUGACUUGGAAGAUGCCUAUUAUCAAAGUCAGUGAUAAAGAAAAAUUAAAGUUAUUGAAAGUAUUAGAUUCUCGUAAAACACUAUCGUGUGCGUUCAGAACCUGGGAUCUAUGCGAGUAUCCAGUACUCCCUAGAAAUACAUCGCAUUCGUGGACUGUUAAGUCUAGCACUUUGCUCGAAAAACCUAGAUUUGUUUUGUUCGGAUUACAAACAGGUAGAAAAAACAAUAUCGAAACUGACGCUGGUCGAUUUGAUCACUGUCAACUAAAAAAUCUUAUGGUACACUUAAACUCUGAAGUGUAUCCAUAUGAAGACUUUCGAGCUGAUUUUAAAAAUAAUACCACCAGCAUACUUUACAAAGCUUAUACAGACUUUCAAUAA